AGUACAGCUGAGGAGGUGUUUUGUCGAGUAGUUUUCAUAUGUUCGAGUAAAGAUUUAUUCGUUCAUUACUUAACGCAAGCCUAUUGCUUUAUUAUUUGUGUGUACGUGUUCUUCCAGACCAAACAGGUUUUCAUAAUUUUACAGAGAUGACAGGCCAAGGUUUGGGAAAGAGAUGCCUACCUGCUCAGCUGCUGGUGUUCUGGAUGUUGACCAACAUGUCUGAAUCCAGAUUGAGUUUGUUUGCUCCUCAGGCUGUUACCCUUGAGGAAUACUCUAAAGAUGCCGUCGUUAUUACUUCCAGUUCCCCUCUCAAUCAGUCGGCUGUGAUUCACCUAAAUGUAACAUACAGCUCCAAGAUAAACUACUCAUCUAUAAUCACAGUGCCUGAGGAGGUCAUGAUGCCAGCACAAGCUACCGCUGUCAGUUUUAAUGUGACAGCCCAUGAUGUUGGUCAGGUGACCACAUAUCUGGUUACCAACAGCACAGAGCUCAACAGUGUGCCUGUCAGGAUCCGCUUCAUAGUUGUCCAUAGCAAUGUCCUGUCCGUAAUUAGUGAAGUCAUUGGUUGGAUUUACUUUCUGGCCUGGUCAGUGUCUUUUUAUCCACAAGCCUUCGAAAACUGGAGGAGAAAAAGUGUUGUAGGUCUCAACUUUGACUUCCUGGCUCUCAACCUGACCGGUUUCAUUGCUUACAGCGUCUUCAAUAUAGGACUGUUCUGGAUACCGUAUAUAAAGGAGGAGUUUCUGAAGAGGAACCCUAAUGGAAUCAACCCUGUCAAUGCUAAUGAUGUUUUCUUCAGUCUCCAUGCUGUCCUGCUGUGUUUGGUCUACAUCAGCCAGGCUACUGUGUAUGAGAGGGGUGGACAGAGAGUCUCUCGGACGGCCUUGGUUUUAUUGCUGAUUGGCUGGAUGUUUGCUUUGAUCAGCUUAUUUGUUGCUGUAGCCAAAACAAUCACCUGGCUGGACUACCUUUACUAUUUCUCUUACAUUAAACUAGCAGUGACUCUUAUCAAAUAUGUACCACAGGCAUACAUGAACUACAAAAGACAGAGUACUGAAGGAUGGAGCAUUGGCAAUGUGUUACUGGACUUCACUGGUGGAUUCUUCAGCAUUCUCCAGAUGAUUUUACAGUCUUAUAACAAUGAUGAGUGGAAGCUGGUGUUUGGUGAUCCUACAAAGUUCGGUCUGGGUCUGUUCUCCAUUGUGUUUGACAUCCUUUUCAUCACUCAGCACUAUGUUCUCUACAGACGAUCGUCACAGUAUGAACCACUCGUGAACCAACAAGGAGACUGA